AUGUCGUCGUCGCAGACCAUGACAGCGCCAGCGGUGGGCCAUCGACCGCCUGAUGCUGGUCCCAAUAUGUCGUCAAUCUAUGACUAUGGUCGUUCUCAACAGCCUGACGACCAUCGGUCCCCCUCCCCGCCCAGCGACUCCGCAAUCCGCGCUUUGAACGAUUCUGCCCCCGACCCCCCCCGAUGCUCCUUCCAAUGGCCUGGCUUCUCCCUCCGGCAUGAUGCCUUGGUCGACCGACGCGCCUGCGGGAACACGGCGAUGUCUUCAGACCCGACCGGGGGCCAAGACCAGAUCCCGGCCAACUCGAAUGAGUUGCCGGAGUCUCAGCAAGAACAGAAAAACUCCGACCAACCGCCGGAGGUACCAUUUUCGAACCCAGAGGAGGAUCUGAGCAUAUCAUUGAAACAUGCCGACCCCUCGGAAGGCCUCACGGACCCUCUACUCUUUUCGAAGUCGGGCCUAGACCAUUCCGACCUAUUUACGCCGUUUGAUAUCACUGGCGCUGCUAAGGACCCGUUUGAGGCAUUACAACAAAAUGAAAUGCUUACAGCUGCGUAUCUUUCCCAGAGCGCUGACCUGUCAGCUCUUGGAUACUCCGGAGGACAUCUACAGGACACCGGUUCGAUCGCGGGAUCAGAGCCUCGCAUCCAGGCUUUUGCAAAACUGGAAUUCGAUGAUGGCCAUUUCUACUGCAACACAUAUUCCUUUAUUCUCGGACGAGACGUACGGGCUGCCCGGGCCGCCCAUCAGCGCGAAUUGCAGGUCCGACAAGCCAUGAGACACUCCCGCGCGAAAAGUUCGAGUGGUGGGAAUACGUCGCAUACUCCCAUCCGAAUGAAACCUGAAGGCAGUGGCAUGAUAGGCAGCGUUGUCAGUGACCGCGGUGGAAUUAUGGGCUUUGAUCCCGAUGUUCCCCCCAUCUUCCUUCCCGUAUAA